AGGAAGUAAUGUGGCACACUGUCGAAGCGGUUUCUUGUAGGACUUGUUGCCACGUCGGAUAGUAGACCUGGUUUAUUCACUUUAGAUACACAAGGGUACACUUUUUCUGGAGUGCUUCAUCUUUAGUCGCAGUCAUGGUCUCUGUUAUCAACACAGUUGACACCUCGCACGAGGACAUGAUCCACGAUGCCCAGAUGGAUUAUUACGGAACUCGACUCGCCACGUGUUCCUCUGACCGAACUGUCAAGAUCUUUGAUGUCAGGAACGGAGGACAGAUUCUGGUGGCAGACCUAAGAGGACACGAGGGCCCCGUGUGGCAGGUGGCGUGGGCCCACCCGAUGUUUGGCAACAUCUUGGCCUCCUGCUCCUACGACCGAAAAGUCAUCAUCUGGAAGGAGGAAAAUGGAGCGUGGGACAAGAUGUACGAGUACACCGGACACGAGUCGUCAGUGAACUCUGUCUGCUGGGGUCCCUACGAGUUUGGCCUCAUCAUGGCCUGCGGGAGCUCAGACGGAGCCAUUUCCCUCCUCACGUUCACCGGAGACCAACAGUGGGAUGUCAAAAAGAUCAGCAACGCGCACACGAUCGGCUGCAACGCUGUGAGCUGGGCUCCGGCUGUGGUUCCGGGCAGUUUGAUCGAUCAGCCAUCAGGACAGAAGCCAAACUAUGUGAAACGCUUUGUUUCUGGGGGCUGCGACAACCUGGUAAAACUUUGGAAGGAGGAGGACGGCCAGUGGAAGGAGGACCAGAAGCUGGAGGCGCACAGUGAUUGGGUGAGAGACGUGGGCUGGGCUCCCUCCAUCGGUCUGCCCACCAGCACUAUCGCCAGCUGCUCCCAGGACGGGCGCGUCUUCAUCUGGACCUGCGACGACCCGGCCGGCAACACCUGGACAGCCAAACUGCUCCACAAGUUCAACGACGUGGUGUGGCACGUCAGCUGGUCCAUCACCGGCAACAUUCUGGCUGUUUCGGGCGGAGACAACAAGGUGACGCUGUGGAAGGAGUCGAUGGACGGGCAGUGGGCGUGUAUCAGUGAUGUCAGCAAAGGCCAGGGCGCCGUCUCCACCAUCACAGAUACGCAGCAGAACGAGCAGUGACCCACAAACGCACACAAUACUGCAGUCCCCGGCCCCACAAGGACAACCCAGGCCUUAAAAGGAUGAGAGAAACAUGCUGCACGUCAGGACUGAAAAAACAAACACAGAGGCAGAGCGAGCCCCCCCCCCCCCCCCCCCCCCUACCCCGCCAGGAUUAAGAAACCUUCGCAGAUCGAAAAGGUCAUGUUCAACCAGCCGCACUCCAUCAUCUUUUCCCUGAAUCUCCCACCCUGCUCGUGCUUCCCAUGGUGCUCUGCUCCGAAACAUUCCACCAGCCGGCUCCUAACAGCUCGUUUAAUCCCUGGUUCCCCCACAGGAGCCGGCGCCGAGCCGCACAUUCGAUUUCGCAUUUAUUACAGAUCCAGCUUCACCCCUCAAUUCUAAUAAAUGGAAGAAUGAUUUCUGUAGGAGUCGGUGUGCAGCAGCUUAAUUUGGAACCUGCCGUGAUCAGGUUGACUGGA